AUGGCUGUUAUCGAGCUGGGACUUCCUAAGAUCAUAGCCAGUGGCUUGUGUUUUCCUGUCAUUGUGAGCUCUCUGCAUACUUACGACAUUUUUAUGCGUGGAUAUAACGACAUGAUAUGUUUCCUCUUGAUAUUGUUAAUGUUUGAUCAUGAAAAAAAUCUUUACUUCCAACAAUUGCGUUACAAGGGCAAAGUGAAAACUAGCGAACAGGCAAUUACCACAAAGCUUCAGACAAGAAAAGCCGUGGAAUACUCAACUAUUCCAAUUCGCAUUUACGCAUACCUAUAUUUGGUGUUUCAUGAGGAAUCAAGGGGAAUUACUGCACCAGACACAAAGCAGCAUGAUUCUCGGGACAAAAAUAUGAGUUUUGCUCGCCAAGCCAACUGUAGGGCCCGUCAGGUUUCCCCGUUGAACAUUCAAAGUACCACGAGCUAA